UCCAGCAAAAUACUACCAGUGCAUCAGACUAUCUUAUUCCUCUACCAGGACCACAUGGCAACAUGGGCAAUCAAAUUUCUGAUGGCCACAAACAUCCUGGUGAUGCUACUACGCCUGUUGGAUAUAUACCACAGUCUAAUUCUAUUCAACCGCUGCUGCAGGAUGAAAAUCAGGAUUACUCUAAAAUAACACCACUGGCUGAGAAUCUGAUGAGCAUGGACACGCCGCAACAAACCCCGACUUCAACGCAGCCUCCAGUCAGCAUCAGCUGCAACAACGCCAACAGCGGCAGUCGUUCCUACUACUGUCGAGACAGCAUAGACGACAACCAGGUGCUGAACAGGCCCGACAAUCUGCUAAGAUAUCCUCAACACUACACCCCCAAUAACCGAACCAUCAUUCCAACCAUCAGACAGAUGGCGAACCAGGCCGUCCCCUUGAAGUCGCCGUCGUCGACGGCCGACAUCACAGGAGUAACGUUGAAUCCGAGCGAUCUGGUGGAUCAAGUCGGUAAUAGAAAUAGUAAUAGUAAUAGUAAAAAUUAUAUUAAUCUAGGAGUCGGUAAGACGGAUCAGGCUAACCAUAAGCCGCAGGUUACCAUAAGUGGAUCUGGUGCAGGAGGUGGAUAUUUGAAUAACGAUUCGGAGAUUAGCUGUUGAAUGUACGUGUCUGGUGAGUGAUGUUUAAUUGUUUUGGACUAAAAUUUAGUAGUAAUGAAUGAUGGUGUUGGUAAUUUACUAAAGACUAAUAGUGCAGUAAACGGAGAGGAAAUAAGGGUAUAGCCUCUGAAUUUUUACUGUGCUCCGAUUUGCAUGAAAUUUUGGAAUUAGGUUCAUCUU